AAUUUUUGAAAUCCCUUAUUUCAGUUUCAGUAUUUGGACUGUUUGGUGUAAAGGUGAAUUUAUUUAUUCACCAGGAGGCGCAUUAUUGUACCAUUCACUCAAGAAUUUUCUAAGCCAAUACAAAAAAAUCUACUCGGUCAAAAUGAGUAUUGUUGCCCACAUUGUUGAAUCUGCUACAAAAGUUGAUAUCCAAGAUAUUAAUAAAAAAGUACCCGAAUUGAAAUGUAAUGUUGAAGCAAUCAAGCAAGAAGUUGUUACAGACAUAAUAAAUAUAUUUGUUAAAUACAAACAAACUUUGGGGGAUAACCAACGAAAUAGUACACUUUUCAAAAAGGCCACAGAGUACCAGCAAACAUUACAAGCACUUAGCGAAAAGGCGUCAUUUAUCAUUAGCAAAGAUUUGGUUAGCGCUGAAAAAGAGGUCCACAAUAACAUUAAGGAGCUUCAAAUACUUGACUUUAAAAUUAAUGUUGUUAUGAAUAUCAUAAAAAUAUUAAAAUGCUUGGCAGAUUUUAAAACCAAAUUAGCCUAUAAGCAGUAUGAAGAAUGUGUAGCUAUAAUGAAAGAUCUUAAGUUAAUGCUAGAAUCAAUUCCUAAAGAUGAACAUUUGGAUGUGUUCGAUGACUUCCAUCAGAGCAUAAUGCAAAGUAAACUUAAGUUGGACACUGCACUCAAAAAUAUAUUUACAACCAAUAUCAGUCUAAAAGUGGCACCCGAGAAGAAAAGGGCUAUCUUAACGGUGAAAAAACACAAUGAAGAAAUGCAGGCGGCUUGCUUGGCAUAUUUUAAAGAUACUGAACAUAUAGAUUGUCUAAAUCGUUUGGCCAAAGAUCUGUGGGUUCAUAUUUUUACACCUAUAGUAGAUCAAGAAAUAAAUAUUACUGAACAGAAAGAUUCUUUGAUAGUGAGUAUAAGAAAUCCUGAUCAAAGUUCAGAUUAUAAAACCGUUUUCGGAAAUCUCCAAAAAGUUUUACAGUUUCUUGGUAAAAAUAUAAACUACAAACUAAGUGAACAAGUAACUGUCUUGGAGUAUAUUGGAAAUGAUAUCAGAGAUAACCUAUCCGAACUCAUCGUCAAAAAUUGCUUAAGGAAUACAAUUCCAUCAACUGUUACUGAGCUUGAAAACUAUAAAGUAGUCAUAGAGGAUACAAAACAUUUGGAAAAAAGUUUAUUAGAAGCCAAAAUAUUUAAUGAAAAUACCACAUCUAUUCUUGAGUAUGCGAACAAUGUUGAUAUACAUUUUAUUAAUAAAAAGUGUGAAGAAUAUUUGCAGAAAGCUACAGACUUGAUGAAGAAAGAUUUACAUGAUGUGGUUGAAAUUGGAGUGCCAUAUAAUCCCGAGUAUCCUUUAGGAAAGGAAAAACUGGAGUUUCCGCAUUGUUCGAUAUCGAAAAACGUCAGAGAACUGUUAGACCUCUGUGAGGAGAUUCUUCAAAAAGCGUUAUCUGCAUCACCAACUUGUAGUGGACAUUUCUUCGUGACGGUUACAAAUAUCCUUCUCACCUACCGCAACUUCGUUCCAGAAUUUCACAAGACAUAUCUCGCGGCAUUACCCCAACAAAUCGCAAUAUUUUUUAAUAAUUGUCAGUAUAUAUCUCACAUUCUUGUACAGUGGAAUUUGACUUAUUGCAGCCAGUUGAAGCCCGUGCUGGGCGUCUGUGAAUUUUCGUCGGAAGCGGAGAAGUUUCCAGUAGCAGGACUUACGAUUUUUGAAAAUUAUAUUGCAACCCAAGUAAAGAUGGUUGAAGAAAUCAUGCAGGGAGCUCAGCUAGAUGGAACUACUAUAGAAAAACUGGAUGUCCAAACAGAAAAAUGCAUAAGGCAAUGCUUGAGGCAGCAGGAAUUGCUUCGUACUGUUUGGCAUAAAGUACUUCCCUAUGAGGCUUAUAAUAAAAAUGUUGGAAUUAUAGUUAAUGCUUUGUGUAAGAGCGUUAUCAGCAAUAUAGUGAAAUUUGAAGACAUUCCCGCUAAAGUAGCCGAAGAUUUAGUAGAUGUUAUAAAAUUAAUCUUAACAAGAGCCCCAAAGUUAUUUACUAAUCCAAGUGAAAUCACCCUGUUCGUAUCCUUAUGGUACAAAAUAAACGAGCUUAGUUUUGUCUUAAAUGCUAGUUUAGCGGAUAUUAAUGACCGAUGGGCGGACGGCAAAGGACUAUUGGCUUUACAUUUUGAAGGCGCCGAAUUAAAACAACUUAUUAAAGCUUUGUUUCAAAAUACAGAUAGAAGGGCCAAAGUACUUGCUAAGAUUUCGUCUUUUGCACCCUACCAUAAUUAAGCAAGAAAAUAGAAGUAUGAUUGUAUUUUUUGAUUAUGAGUUUAUGAUUUAUGAGUUGUAUUUUUUAUAAUAUACAUCUCACUUUUUGCUA